AUGGCUAAGCAGUACGAUGUGCUCUUCCGACUCCUGCUUCUCGGAGACUCUGGGGUUGGAAAAACAUGUUUGCUAUGCAGAUUCACCGACAAUGAAUUUCACCCGUCCCACAUUUCAACCAUAGGGAUUGACUUCAAAAUGAAGACAUUGCUAAUAGAUGGUAUCAAAGUGCGCAUUCAGAUAUGGGACACUGCAGGCCAAGAACGCUACCAGACCAUCACGAAGCAGUACUACAGGCGAGCGCAGGGAAUUUUUCUGGUCUACGACAUUACAAGCGAACGCUCCUUCCAACACAUUAUGAAGUGGGCCAGUGAUGUGGACGAAUACGCUCCAGAAAAGGUUCAAAAGAUCCUGGUCGGGAACAAGUCGGAUGAGGUGGACAAGAGGCAGGUGCCAACAGAGCAAGGAGUCAAGCUGGCAAGAGCUUAUGGAAUGGAUUUUUUUGAGACAAGUGCCUUCACCAACCAUAACAUAACAGAGACUUUUACACGGCUGGCCGAGCAGGUGCUGGCAGCUAACAAGAAAGACCUGGAUCUUUUGCGGAUUUCUCUGAACGAUGAGCUUAACCUGGCUGCUCUGGAAGAAGAGGAGGGACUGUGUGACGGCGGGUCUGCCGACCAGGGAAAAGGCUGCUGGUGUUAA